AUGGUGCCAGUAGCACUGCUGGUGGUGUGGCUGGUGGUGCCAAGAAUGAGCGCGGCCGGACUGUGCCUGAGACUCCUCGUGGUGACGGCGGCGGUGACUGCGACGGCGGCGUCGGUGCGCUUCCAGGUGUGCGGCGCCCACCUCGUCGACACCCUGCGCGUGGUCUGCGGGGGCGUCUACAACAAGGCCUUCUCCAAGAAGUCGCUGGAAGGCAUGCAGAUGGACGACGCGGCUGUCUUCUGGCCCCCGACCCGGGAGGAGGAGCAGCAGCAGCAGGAGGAGGGGGACCGCCCCGACUACGCCCACCCGCAGGCGCUGUUCCGAGGCAGGGCGUCGGGACGCCGCCGCAGGGGCGUCGUGGACGAGUGCUGCUUCCGGUCGUGCUCGCUGCACGAGCUGCGGCAGUACUGCGGCUAG